AUGUCUUCCAGUGAAAACUCAUCACUUUCAUCAGAUUCAAGUUCUGAUGAUUCAAAUACCAUUGCACUCAAUCAAUGGGAAGAACGAGUUUCUCAACAAAAUCAUCAAAUAUAUACAAUUGUUGAGAAUAUGUUAUCUAACAUUCUCAAUCUAACUGCAGGGGUCCAAGCUUCUAGAGUCAGAAAAAGGUAUUGUGAAAGGAAACUCGAGAUAGGUGCUGAGCGUUUGAUCAAUGACUAUUUUGGUCCCAACCCGACGUACGGACCAGAGGUGUUCCGACGCCGAUUUCGCAUGCACAAAUCCGUAUUCCUUCGGAUAGUAGAAGCUGUAACUGCUAACGAUGAGUAUUUUCAGGAGAGACGCGAUGCUGCUGGGAGACAAAGUCUGUCCUCUUUACAGAAGUGUACAGGAGCUAUGCGGGUGUUGGCGUAUGGGACAUCAUCUGAUGUCGUCGAUGAAUAUUUGCGGAUGAGUUCAACGGCGACAAGAGAUUCUCUAAUGCAUUUUGUUGAUGGUGUUAUUUCAUGUUUUGGUGCCACAUAUCUUAGAAGACCUACUGAACAAGAUAUGGCUAAACUUCUAUAUGUAGCAGAUCAACGUGGUUUCCCAGGCAUGAUAGGGAGUAUAGACUGCAUGCAUUGGCAGUGGAAAAAUUGUCCUAGCGCAUGGGCUGGACAAUAUACAAGGAGAAGUGGAAAACCAACGAUCAUUUUGGAAGCUGUGACAUCAUAA